UAUGUGUGUAUGCGUGUGUUGGGAUUGGGCAAGACCAGAAAUGGUAUCGCGAUGAGCGUGGUAGCAUGAAAGUGUUUCCUCGGCAAAAAGUGUUUUUCCGCGAGUAAUCUGCAUCGGUGGGAAAUGUGCUUGGCGCAGUGGUGAAAAGGUGUGAAAGAGUGUGAAGAGUUUAGGUGGUGCAAAUUGCAAUCGUAGCGGCUACAGUCAGUGGAAAAAAUAGUGGUUUACAGCUCUCGAAGAUAUAUUGUCCCAUCCCUUCGCGAAAUAGCUUGCUCGACCAUCCCGCGGUAUCGUUGUCCCAAACCUCAUCAACCAAAACGGGAAACUAGAGUGUGGCCGCCGAUCGAUCGAUCGAACAAGUCUCAGUGAGUGCUGGCCGCAUUUGCUGCAGUGCGUCCAGUGGAAUAGCAGAUUGGAAAACCGGAGACUUCACGGUGUGCUGGUUUCCGCGGAAAACAUCGAACACGGCCGAAAAGAUAGCGACAGAUUAGAGGACAAACAGACGAACAUACCGACACGCACACAUACCACCACAUAUACGGUGUACAUUCCCUUACAGGACGUGUGUAGAGGGAGCCACCGACGAUAAGAAGCGGUCAAAAUGACGAAGGACAGAUUAGCAGCCCUGCAAGCGGAUAUAGAGGCACAGAGCGAUGAUGAGGACAUGCCCGAAGAUGUGGCUGUCCCGGUGGAGGGCAGCUUCAUGGAAGAUUUCUUCAAAGAGGUGGAAGAGAUACGGAUGAUGAUCGACAAGAUUCAGGCUAAUGUCGAAGAAGUGAAGAAAAAACACAGUGCCAUCCUAUCGGCCCCACAGUCGGACGAGAAAACUAAACAAGAACUCGAAGACCUAAUGGCUGAUAUCAAAAAAACUGCCAACAGAGUAAGAGGGAAGCUUAAGGGUAUCGAGCAAAACAUUGAACAGGAGGAGCAGCAAAGCAAGUCGAAUGCUGACCUGAGGAUACGAAAAACGCAACAUUCGGCUCUGUCGCGCAAGUUUGUCGAGGUCAUGACGGAGUACAACCGGACCCAGACGGACUACCGAGAGCGUUGCAAAGGAAGAAUACAACGACAGCUGGAAAUUACGGGUAGAGCUACAACUAACGAAGAACUGGAGGAAAUGUUAGAGCAAGGAAACUCAGCCGUCUUCACGCAGGGGAUCAUCAUGGAGACUCAGCAAGCCAAGCAAACGUUGGCAGAUAUCGAAGCUCGACAUGCGGAUAUUAUAAAAUUGGAAAAUUCAAUUAGGGAACUGCAUGAUAUGUUCAUGGAUAUGGCUAUGUUGGUUGAGAGUCAGGGUGAAAUGAUUGAUCGUAUAGAAUAUCACGUCGAACAUGCAAUGGAUUAUGUUCAAACAGCGACACAAGACACAAAGAAAGCGCUUAAAUAUCAAAGCAAAGCCCGCCGGAAGAAGAUUAUGAUCCUGAUCUGUUUGACCGUGCUCGGGCUGAUUGUUGCAUCCUACGUCAGUAGCUACUUCAUGUAAAAGGAACACUAAGAUGAAAUUGAUGUAUGGAUACCGCAUUACAUACAAGGCGUGAAACAUUGCGGCUAUGCGUUUGAAAUCUCUGACAAACAACAACAAAUCAGUGUUGUUACACAUCCAUACACAACCGGUAAAAAAAGGAUUGAUUCUGGGAUCUGGACAUAUUCUAGCGUAAUUUCCAUCGUAAUAACACAACGGCAAACGACCAAAAAUGCUUCAUCCAAAACAAGAGAGAGCGAGAGAGUUAGACAAAGAAAGUAAAAGCGAGAGAGAGAGAGAGAGAGAGAGAGAGAGAGUGUGGGAGAAAAAAAGAAAAAUAGAACGCGAAAAUGAGUACAUUUCUUCGUAGGUUAUGUUGAUCACUGGAGCAAUAUCGAGCAGGAUAUGUUUGCCAUAUCUACAAAAUAAACUCCACAGUUAAUUGUAUCGUUCAUUGGGAAGCAAACAGAACAAAGAGAACCACACAAACGUAUUCGCCAACAGCGGACUCCUACAGGCGAUGAACAACUGCAUUGCACAACUGCAGUGUGUGUGUGCGCGCUGGUGUGCAUGUGUACCGAUAAAUGGUGCCUAGGCCGCAUUUUCAGUCCAAAUCCGUACCACCAAUAUUUCUGUAUUUUUAGUUUGGUAUUGCAUUCAACAGCUUCGAACUUUCGACGACGAUUUAGGCGAAAGAUGGAAUGCAAAAAGAAGCAAUGUGUGGCCGGCAGUAGUACUAACAUCGUUCAUGUUCAAAUAGUCGUGUACUACGAGAAACUGCUAAUAAAUUGACUGCCAAUGAUAAUGACAGGACAGUCAUAGAAAGAAAGAAAGCGAUCUCUAUGGAAACCAACUACGCUACGCAGAUUUGAUCGUGCCAGGUGCAUGGAGCUAAAGUAAUUUAAAGAUUACUAGCGGUAAACUCCUCCUUCCGAAUUGUUUGCGACUAUUGUCAACCAGUUUCCAAUUGUGCAUAGUUCAGUAAUUGCGGAUGUCUCAACUGAGCCGCUUCUUUUUCGCCAAUCUCUGCAUCCUUUUGUUUACGUAUGGAAACACUUUUGAUGCAAGGUAUGGCUAUCAUCAUCGCUUUUCAAAUGCCAUCAUUCAUAUUGCACCGUAAAGAAGAAAAGAACUGGUAGAAAACACAAGUGACGGUUGCCGUGCAGAAGCGAUUCGAAGCCAAUGUGAAAGCCAAUAUGUAAGAACAACAAAAGAGAAAGAAGAAACAAUCAAAUAGCUCCGCAAUCAAAACAAAUCAAACAGACGAGGAAUGAAAUGUGAAGAGCAUCAGACCGGAGUACAUUCAAAUGCCACAUAGAAAUUAAAUCAAGAUAGAAACGACAUAACUCUUCAAGCGCUCCAAUUUUAUCUUACUACUCACCUCAGCACAACAGUGUCUAUCUCUUUUCAAGUAUAUAUAAAUUGUCACAGGUGUCGCCAUACUUGCACAUACUGCUGUGCGCAAUUAUUCUUGAUAAAUUACAGAACGUUACUUGCGUGUUACACCAGAACCAAGAGAAAACAAAAUCGCGAUAUUACCGUGUUCAACAUGCCAUACACAACCAUCAAUCCAUCCAGCAGCAGCAGCAGCAGCAGUGGCGGUUCAGAAGCCGAACGUUCACCACACGUUCACAUUGACGUUUGCUACUGACGAGUUCAAUCGCAUUCAUCGGACAGGCAGACAGGCAGGCAGGCCGGACUCAUAGCAAGUAACGUCCGAUGCUCGUUCGACAACUAAAACAACAGCAUUCAGAACAGCAAGCACAAUAAUGGUCGACUGAACGCCGUAUCCCAUCGUGCCGCAUGUGUUGUGAGCUCGGUUAUUGUCGCUUGAUAGUGCUCAGCAAUGUACCAUUUGGUUGCCUUUUUGUUUGGGGAGUUCUGGUGUAGCUACAUCGGCAUGGCUUGGUAACAACAAAACAACAAUACAAAGAAAGAGAGAGAGAGGAGAGGUCGAGUAAGCGAGUGAGUGACAGAAAGUGCUUAACAAAUUACAGACACGGGGCAACCGAAUAAACCGAACCGAUGAUUGUUAAGUGCAACAUUCUUCGAGUCUUCAAGAAUGAUGAAACGCAUAGGCAUAGGCAGCGAGUAGAAUACAUUUUAAAUAUGACGACAAUGGCAAUAAAUGUGAACAUAGAUAAGGAUAUAAAGAAACGCCUGCCGCAAAACAAUAGAUCCAUUUUGCUCGAUUUUCGGUCACCUAAAAUUGCAUAAAAGCUAUAAUAAUGCGCGAUUAUAACGAUACUACUCCAAAUUUGACUUUUCAUGUACAGUGUUGUGGCUGGAGCGGCACGUACACCUAAUUGGGUUGCAUAUUAUCAAGGCUAGAAAUGAUGUAUCUUUGCAUAUCCGACUCUCUGCUUUGAUGUGGUUCGAUAGCACGUUUGUUUUGUGUUUGGUAUUCUGAAGAUAAGAAGACAUGAAAAGAAGAAGAAAAUCACGUGUGUCAGAAAACAGCAAUUGAACGUCAUAACGUAUAUUGUUCAAACAAAAUGUGUGAUAAUAAUUAAUUCGAAAAAUACUCUCAAAACACAAACACCCUCACGUACGUACACGCACUGUACGCACUGCUGCUUGGUCCCGAGCGGCGGGAGUGCAACGGAUUGGGCGGAAGUAGGAAUGACAUCUACUACUACUACUACUUAAGCAACACAAACACAACACGACGACUACCCAAAACGACAACAAAUAGCAUAUUUAAGAGUAGGUGAUACACAUACACUCAAACACGGGCACGUAAAAGGUGUAAAAAAUGGUAAAGCAACUGCACGAUAUCACGACACAAUAUACUAAUAUUCAGCGUGUGCAAGUAUGGAAUGAUGGUGUCUCGCUCAAGACCCAGUUCGAUGUUAGUUGAUGAGCCUUCCAAUAACAACAAAAACAACAACCAAAAGAAAUGGAAAAAUGGGGCACUCACGGGGAUAAGUGUGUAGGCAUAUAUGGUUUUUAAUUACUCACAUUCACUUAAGUCACCAGAACGAAAAAAAAAACUGCAUUUUGUGUGCAAUUUUGCGCUUCCAAUUCCAACUGUAACAGCAGCAACACGUACGACACGUGCACCACACGAGAAUAGUCAA